AUGACAAUCCACGGACUGAAGCGAACUGGCUCGGGCCUUUGGCGCCCUGGCCCACCGCCCUCGCCUCUGGCCCGGAGACCAGCGAGUAUUUGGAGGUGGGAAGCGGGCCGCGCCCAGAGAGCGGGCGGCUGGACGGCCCCUUGGCCCACCCACCGCCCCAGCGAGGUGAACCGAGAGGCCGCGGGCCGAGGGCCCCUCCCGGCCUACAACUCCAGGCCACGCCUCCGGGGCGUGGCGGCGCUCGGCGGCCCCGCCCUGCAGGUAGAGCCCCGCCCACCGCCCCGCCCAGUUCUGCACCGGCAGCCCAGGGGGGGAGGCGGAGGUGGACUGCGAGCUGACCCUGCCCUGUCUUCUCUCCCCGCAGAGCUCACCUUCCAGCAGCCCUACGACCAGGCUCACCUGCUGGCCGCCAUCCCGCCGCCCGAGGUCCUCAACCCCAAGGCCUCCCUGCCCACGCUCAUCUGGGACUCCUUGCUGGUACCCCAGGCCCAGCCCCUGGGCUGGGGCACCCCAGAGCCCCAAGAGAGCCUCAAGGCCGGGGAGCUGACUUCCCUGUCGGAUGAAGACAGCGGGAAGAGCUCUCAGCCGCCCAGCCCGCCCUCGCCGGCCGCGUCCACCUUCUCCUCCACCUCUGCCUCUUCCCUGGAGGCUGAGGCCUACGCCGCCUUCCCCGCCUUAGGCCAACUGCCCAAGCAGCUGGCCCUCCACCCCCGGCUCUCCGGGGCCAGGGACCCCCAGGCCCGGAAGGCCUUCAACUGCAAAUACUGCAACAAGGAAUACCUCAGCCUGGGCGCCCUCAAGAUGCACAUUCGCAGCCACACGCUGCCCUGCGUGUGCGGGACCUGUGGGAAGGCCUUUUCCAGGCCCUGGUUGCUGCAGGGCCACGUCCGCACCCACACCGGCGAGAAGCCCUUCUCCUGCUCACACUGCAGCCGGGCCUUCGCCGACCGCUCCAACCUGCGCGCACACCUGCAGACGCACUCGGAUGUGAAGAAGUACCAGUGCCCUGCCUGCGGCCGCGCCUUCUCCCGCAUGUCCCUGCUCCACAAGCACCAGGCGUCCGGCUGCACCGCGGGCCCCCGCUGACUCUCCCUGCCUGGGCCAGAGGCUCCCGAGGCUCUGGAGCUGCUGUGUGGCCCACAGGACUCUAGCUCCGACCUCUGCCCUGGCCUUGGAGGCCUUCAGUGGGAACAGGUGGCCGCCCACCCGCCACUGUGGAGCCACUCACGCAGGCCCAGGCCCGCUGGGUUUGUGCAUCCUGAGCUGU